AUGACCACCACCACCGCUGCCCCCAUUAAGACUCUCGACAAAGACGGCAAAGAAAUCACCACCGUUGGUUUCGACCGCUUUGGCUUCAACUGCGAGGUGUCUUUGGAUGUUCUACGCUCGCUGUACUUGCGACCCCACUACGUCCUGACCGCGAACGAUAUCAAGGACGCUAAGGAGGAGACGAGCCAUGCCCAGUUCACUCAAGGCGCCGACUACCAGUCCAAGUCGAUUUACCACCCCGACACGAAGACCAUUUCGUACACGACCCUUUCCCGCUUCCCGCCAGUGACCCUUCUCGCGCCGUCUGAGCGUAAACGCAUCCUUGUCACUGGCGGUGCAGGCUUCGUUGGUUCGCAUCUGGUGGACCGUCUCAUGCUCCUGGGCCAUGAAGUCACCGUUCUCGAUAACUUCUUCACUGGAUCGAAAACGACAGUCAGCCACUGGGUCGGCCACCCCAACUUCGAGCUCAUCCGCCAUGAUGUGGUAGAACCGUUCAUGAUUGAAUGCGACCAGAUUUAUCAUCUCGCGUGCCCCGCUUCCCCUCCCCACUACCAGUUCAAUGCGGUCAAGACAAUCAAGACGUCGUUCAUGGGGACCCUCAACAUGCUUGGGCUCGCAAAACGCACCAAGGCCCGUUUCCUCAUUACCAGCACAUCCGAGGUCUAUGGUGACCCAGAGGUCCAUCCCCAAACCGAAGAAUAUUGGGGUCACGUAAACCCGAUUGGGCUUCGUGCUUGCUACGAUGAAGGCAAACGCGUGGCCGAAACUCUCACAUAUGGGUUCCAGCGUCAAGAUGGUGUCGAUGUCCGUGUUGCCCGUAUCUUCAAUACCUAUGGUCCUCGCAUGAACCCUUUCGAUGGCCGUGUAGUCUCCAACUUUGUGGUCUCCGCUCUCAAAGGCGAAGACAUGACUGUCUAUGGAGACGGCAAACAGACUCGGUCCUUCCAAUACAUUCACGACCUCAUUGACGGACUGAUUGCCCUGAUGAACUCGGACGAGUCGCGCCCCGUCAACAUUGGCAAUGGCGACGAGUUCACGAUUGGUGACUUUGCCCAUCUUGUCCGUGAAAUUGUCGAGAAGGUUCAAGACGAAGAUGGUGUAAAACGCACCCGCCAAGUUCAGAUUGUUCACGAGCCUAUGCCUUCCGACGACCCGCAGCGCCGUCGUCCUGACACUAGCCGUGCAAAAGAGACUUUGCAAUGGCAGCCUCGUUGGACUGUCCGCAUGGGUUUGGAGGAGAUGGUCCGCUACUACAAAGCUAAAAUGGAGGAGGGCAACCUUUAA